AUGGAACGCAAGAACAAGCCGGCCUCGAUCCCCCUCUCCCCGUCCCUGGCCCAGCCUGUCGUCGACCUCAGCGACAAUGUCCUCACCGCACGUCUCCCCUCAGGCGAUUCAGUGACUGUCUACCUCUACGGCGCAACCGUCACCUCGUGGAAAACCUACAACGGCCAAGAACAACUCUUCCUCUCCAGCGCCGCCGUCCUGGACGGCUCCAAGCCAAUCCGCGGCGGCAUUCCACUCGUAUUCCCCGUCUUCGGCCCUCCUCCCAAGUCUCACGCCACCGGAAACCUCCCGCAGCACGGCUUCGCCCGAAACAGUUACUGGGAGUUCUUGGGAAAGAGCAGCAGCGAGAGUCUGGGCCGCAAGGCUGACGACAGUGUCAAGUUGGACUUUGGUCUGAGCAGUGAAUUCCUCGAUGAGGCGACGAAGAAGAAGUGGCCUUAUGAUUUCGGUCUCGUCUACAGCGUCACACUGAGCAGGGGCAAGUUGGAGACGCAGCUGCACGUCCAGAACAAAGGGGACCAGGCUUUUGAGUUCCAGGCGCUUUUCCAUACCUACCUGGCCGUCAAGGACAUCAGCAAAACCGCAGUGCAAGGGCUCGCCAACUCACCGUACGUCGACAAAGUCCGCAGUGCCCAAACCUUUACCGAAUCCUCGUCCUCCCUCUCCUUCACCUCCGAGACCGACCGGGUCUACACCCCGCCGAGCAGCAAGGACGACAAGAACGCGCUGGUCCCGCUGGUGGUGAUCGAGGAUGGAGCGGAGAGUUUCGUCAUCACCCGCGAGGCCCUGCCCGACGUGACGGUGUGGAACGGCUGGGAGGACAAGAUCAAGGGCAUGGGCGACUUCGAACCCAAGGACGGCUGGCAGCGCUACUUGUGCAUCGAGCCCGGCACUGUUAGCUCUUGGACGAAGCUCGAGGCUGGUGACGCUUGGCAGGGAGGUGCUUCCUGGGAGAGCAAGUUGUGA